UUUCGAAAAAUGAACUUUGUGAGAACAACUAGAGUUGGCCAUAAAGAAAAUAUUCUUGCUCUGGAUAUUAAUACUGAUGGAAUAUUAUCAAGUGUUGCUGAGGAUGGUCAUUGUAUAUUGUGGUCAACAGACGGCCAGAUUCUCCAUGAUAUAAAUGUCAACAAUGAACAUGGUUUGACCUCAGAUGAAUAUCCUCUAAAUUCUGUCACCUUCAAUCUAUCAGACGGUAACAAGUUCUAUGUUUCAUCAGGAAUGCAAGUUCUGGUAUAUGAUAUGAGAAAAUGUUCAGCAUAUCUUACUAAAUUUGAUUUAAAUGAAGACGAAAUUAACCAACUAUGUGUAAACAGCACAGGGCGAUAUUUGGCCGCUUGUGAUGACCUGGGUGAAAUAAAAGUCAUUGAUAUUCAGGAAUCACGCUUGUUUAAGACAUUAGGCAGGCGUCAUGAUAACAUAUGUUCCUCUGUACAGUUCAGGCAUAAAAAAUCUUGGCAACUUCUGAGUGCAGGACUUGACUGUAAUAUUAUUAAUUGGGAUUUUUCAAGCGGGAAGCCACAGCAAAUAUUUAAUAUGAAUGAUCAUAUAUUGAAACAGACAGAAGGCAACCAAACAUCAUUUAUUAAUCCUCCAUUUGUUCAUUCACUUUCGGUUGCUAAAGAUGGCAAGACAUUUGCAACAGGAUUAGGUAUAAAAUUCAAGUCUAAAAAACAUUAUUUUUGAAUAAAUUAAGUUUAACUCAUCAGCACCUAACAUCUCGAUCGCCUUGACAAGUAAAAUCCUGUGGUAUUAAGCCAGAGUCAAGCAAGGAUGAGAGUUGACAAGCAAGAGUUUGCUUGAGAGUUUUCUCAACUAUCAUCCUUGUUUGAACACAGGUUUGACUGGGGUCAGCAUAAAAUAGCAAAGUGAGUGGCAUACGGUAUAAAUAAUUAUAUUAAGGUGCAAGUAUGUUAUAUAUAGCAUGUCCAUCUAGCCAGUAUUCACUCAGUAAUAACCAGUAGCUUUAAUUAGUUUGUGGUUACUGUGAUUAUUACUCAGGUUAAAUCAGAACCAUGAUUUUCAAGACUUUCAAAAUUAUUUUAAGUAAGCAUCUGUGGUGAGAAAGUAGGUGGCUGAAAGAGUAAUUUAACAAAUAUAGGAUAAGUUUUGACAACUUUUCAAGUGUGGUUCAAAUUGGUAGUCAGCUAUGCUUGUGUACUGCAGUAUAAGAAUGGAUAAAAUUCUUGUUUGGAAAGAAAAUGUGUCUUUAAAAAAUGCUAAAAUGUCAGGUAGUGAUUGACCGAUAGUCAGCAUCGGGCCGAUUUUUGCCUUAUCGGUAGACAAUCGAAAUCGGUAGAAUUAUCUAUAUUUCCGAUGGUCUAAAACUGAUUGUUGAGAAAAUACGCACUUGAAAAAUUAUAUGCAUUUCGCGUUGAUACACGUUGCGUUUUAACGCAAUAUGUUAAAUUAAUAUGUGAAACGUGCCAUUUAUUAACGGUUUUAACGAUCUUUGGUUGCAGUAACAUGUUACGUUGGCAAUUAUCUUUAAAAACGACAUGAAUGAUGUCACCUUUACUCGGUCGACUGAUAUUAUGACGUCAUUAUAAAAUCGUUAACGGCAUAGGUGUCGGAUAGGUUGUGACAUGAAUAAUCGGUAAUUUCCGAUUGUUGCACAAUCGGUCAAUCACUAAUGUCAGGACUUUGAUGAAUAUGGGUUGGGAAAAAGCAAAAACAUUUCCAACAAAAGUCGCUUCUUCAUCUUAUUGUAUUUGUUGCUUGUUUUCGGUUUUUAGUUUUUAGAUGAUGUAAUGUCAAAAAUCACUUCUAUAUGUUUGUUCUCUCUUGCCAAUGGUUUAUAAACGUCAGAAAUUUGAUGGAAAAUGCAGAUUUAGCAGUGCGUGUAGAGUAAUGUUUUAAAUAAAUUAGCCGGCGGUGAACGUCGUAACACCCCCGGGAGUUCCGGCAGCUGCCGGCUUAUUUUGAAAGCCCUAUGUUUGUUAUAUCAAUUACAUAAAUUAUAUAAUAUAGUUUACUCAGUUUUCCAUUUCUAUAUGCUAGGUAAUGGAGAGAUCGGAUUGUUUCAAUUUCAAGGAAAGUCAUCCACAUGCACUGAGAGGUUAAAAUGUCAUGAUUCAGAAGUGAGUCAAGUGUAUUAUUUCAAUUUUGGCAGCACUGAACGAUGUCUGGUGUCUGGUGGAAAUGAUGGCAAGAUUAAUAUUUGGAAAGAAAUUCAGACAGGAAAAAAUGUUAAAUAUGAGUUGUAUCAUAAGAUACUUCAUGACAGUAAAAUAAACUGGAUAACUUGUUCUUCGUUUAAAAAAGAUUGUUUAUUUGUUGCUGAUCAGUCUUCAAAUGUAACUGUUUAUGAAUUAAAGUAA